GGCUGCGGGGCUGUGGGGCGGCGGGGGCGGGGCGGCGCGGAGCAGGGCGCCUGGGAGGUAGCUGCAGCCGCCGCGGGACGGUUUCGGCUUAGGGUCUGGGUCUGGCUCCGAGGGCGCGGGGAGCAGGGUGUCCCGGGGCGCGGCGGCUGCAGCGGGAGCGUACUGAGCGCACGCCAGCCCGCCUGCCAUGUCCAGGAAAAAGACCCCCAAGAGCAAGGGGGGUAGCGCGCCCGCUACCUCCGCACUGCCCGCCACCCACGAGUCCCGGCCCGUGUGCCCUGGGACUGCGCGCCCUGGCCCUGAGGCACCUCCCAACGGGCCCCCGCAGCCUGGCCGGUCUUCGCUUGGCGGCGGCGGUGACUUCUACGACGUCGCCUUCAAGGUCAUGCUGGUGGGAGACUCAGGCGUGGGGAAAACCUGCUUACUCGUGCGCUUUAAGGAUGGGGCUUUCCUGGCAGGGACCUUCAUCUCCACUGUGGGCAUCGACUUCAGGAACAAAGUUCUGGAUGUGGAUGGCAUGAAGGUGAAGCUACAGAUCUGGGACACGGCUGGCCAGGAAAGGUUCCGCAGCGUCACCCAUGCCUACUACCGAGACGCUCAUGCACUGCUGCUGCUCUAUGACAUCACCAACAAGGCCUCCUUCAACAGCAUCCAGGCCUGGCUGACAGAGAUCCAGGAGUACGCCCAGCAUGAUGUGGUACUCAUGCUGCUGGGGAACAAGGUGGACUCUGCCCAGGAGCGUGUGGUGAAAAGGGAAGAUGGGGAGAAGCUGGCCAAGGAGUACGGGCUGCCGUUCAUGGAGACCAGCGCCAAGACGGGCCUCAAUGUGGACUUGGCUUUCAUGGCCAUAGCAAAGGAGUUGAAGCAGCGCUGCAUGAAAACUCCUAGUGAGCCUCGCUUUCAGCUGCACGACUACAUCAAGAGGGAGGGCCGGGGGGACUCCUGCUGCAAACCCUGAACCUGGCUGGGGACAGCCACCAGGGUGUUCUCCCUGGAAGACUGGAUAGAGUCUACACACCCCUGACUUCACCACCCAGCAGCCAGUCCCAGGGUGUCUGUUUCUAGGAAUCCCAGGCUGAGCCUUGCCCUUCCCUCAUCUGGGCAGCCAUCCAGAGCCUCAGUCCCAACAAACAGGCUUCAGGAAGCCAGAGGGUCCGCAGCCCUCCUUCACCUGCUGCUGC